AUGCAGUCCUCCGCGGAGGCUAGAGGUCAAUCCGCAGAGAGGCCUCCGCGGAAUGACAUCUACCCUCCGCGGAAUGACCUUAAAAAUUGGUUUUUGCAAAAUAAUUUUUUUUCUGCCUUUAAAAAAAAGAAAGAACCAGACACAAAUGUUGAACCAGACAGAGGGUUUCGAGAGGAGGAAGAGGUGGAGGAGGAGGAAGAGAUGAUAAAUGAAGAGGAGGAAGAAAAAUAUUACCAUCAUACACAUUUUAACUAUGAUGAUAUAGGUACUCAUGGUUUGGAGGGGGAAUUUGGGUCUACACCUACGCAUGUUGAGCCGUCAUCGGACGUGGGUGAACAUCACACAAAAGAAAUGACUCCUAUUGUUAGGCCGCAACGAAAGAGGGGUGUUCCAUGGUAUCAGCGGACUCCGUUCACAGUGAUGCAAUCCACACCAAAAUUGAAGAAAAUCACCAAAGCAAAGAAAAAAAAAGUUGUGAAGAGUCCUGAAAAAGCAAAUGAAGACAUUGUGAAUGAAGAGAGUAAUGAUGUUUCAAAUCAUCUCCUACUCGACAGUGUUGAAGCUGCCAGUACGUUGACUUUUUGGAAAGAAUGGAAUAGGAUCUCUUCCAACCUAAACACUAAACAUAGGCUGCAUAUGCUCACACUGGAUGUGGAGUUUUGGUCGAGGUUACUUGCAGUUACUGACGCUGGGUGGUUAAUUUCUUCGAGUGCCUUGCUCAUGGAAAGACGGCCGACGAACGCAAGGUGGACGAUAUUCCCUCAAGAACUUAAUUUGCAAAACGGAAAAACAUAUUUUCUUAGGAAUAUUGCAAAUGGUGUUGGAGGCCAUCCUAAAUGGAAGGAUGUGGAUAUGGUUCUAUUCCCCAUAAACUUUCCUCAUGCCCAUUGGUUUUUGGUAGUGCUACAUUUAGAUAUUUGGAAAGUACACAUUUAUGAUUCAGCACGAUGUAUGAAUUACUUCACAACGUACUUGACUGGUGGAGAAUUCAAAAGUUUUGGGGAUAGUAUAAUCGAAGAGCUAGAUGCGAUUGACUACUGGAAGGAUUUCCCCGAUGGACACAAAGACAACGCAGUUGUGGAGUUUAUUGAUAUUGUAGACGCGCCACAACAAGAAUAUAUUACUAAUAGAGGGGAUUGUGGAGUAUUCGUAAGCAUGUAUAUGGAAAUGAUUGCUUCGGGGGUACCGGUGAAGAGUGAUAAGCCAUGUAGAGAUGCGAGAUUUCUCUACAGAAAUAGGAUGACAAAUAUUAUUUGGGAUACUAAAUAA